AUUUACACUGUGUGAUUUGUCAUAUGAUUUUGCAUUGUUUAUACGGCUCGUUUUGUCAUAAGCAUUGUCAUGCGGCUCGUCAUGGGAAAAAUCAUAUGACAAAUCACAUGAUAAAUCAUGUAGUGUAAAGUCGACAUAAAGGUGGCUAUGGUCCCGUCCAAAAGUUCAUGUUGGAACAAACCUAUGAUCAUACCUUGCCGGACUACGUCUACCCUUUAUUAUGUCUAUGAUGGUAGUCUUUACUGUCAGUCAAGUGUCAAACGUUCAACUUAUAACUUAUUUAACGUUUGAUAAGUUUGAUUUGAUUGAUUGUUUGAUUUUAUUUUUACAACUUUGAACCAGUAAUUUAUAAUUUAUUGAAAUUAAAUUCGAAAUGGACUUAAGUGAAGAGUCUAUAAAAAGAAAACAAGAUGUUUUAAUAUGUGACAAAGAUGAAGAUUCUCUAGAGAACCAUGUUAAUGUACAAAUUAAAUCAGAACUUGAAUGUAUGUUUGAAAGUAAUUACACAGAGGAGUCUUUAACAGGCUCCUAUUAUGCACACGAUAUUAAAAUAGAAGAACAUGUAUUAGAAUGUGAAAUAGGUAGCCCAUUCCCGGUCAUCAAGCAAGAAGUUAAGGCAGAAAUCAAAAAAGAACUGGAUGAACAAAAUUUAGGAGUAAAUCGAUGUGAAACUCAAUUUGAAAGCACGAAUGCCAAAGAAUUAGACUCAGAAAAAGAUGUAAAAUUACAGAUAGAUGCUUCAACUGAAAUAGAUCAUAACAAACAUUGUAGAAGUAUGGACACAUCAAAAUAUCAGUCCGACAUUACAAGGUUACAUCAGAACGGGAAUAAAUCGAAAUCAGAAAGAUCGAUGGUAACACACACUGGAGAAAAACCUUAUAAGUGCGAAAUUUGUUUUAAACGGUUUACUCAAGGUAGACAUUUGAAAAAUCAUUUGAAGAUACACACUGGAGAGAAGCCUUACAAGUGUGAAAUUUGUUCUAAGCAAUUUAGUGAAGUAGGAAAUUGGAAAAGGCAUUUGAAAAUACACACUGGAGAGAAACCUUACAAGUGUGAAAUUUGUUCUAAGCGAUUUCAUGAAGCCAGUAAAUUGAAAAUCCAUGCGAGAAUACACACUGGAGAGAGGCCUUACGAGUGUGAAAUUUGUUCUAAGCAAUUCAGUCAAGAGGGACAUUUGAAAUCGCAUUUAAGGGUACACACUGGAGAGAAGCCUUACAAGUGUGAAAUUUGUUCUAAGCGAUUUCGUGAAGCAGGAGCUUUGAAGAUCCAUUUGAGAAUACACACUGGAGAACAGGUUUACAAUUGUGAAAUUUGUUCUAAGCGAUUUAGUGAAGCAAGUAAAUUGAAAAUCCAUGCGAGAAUACACACUGGAGAGAAGCCUUACAAGAAGUGUGAAAUUUGUUCUAAGCAAUUUAGUCAAAAGGGAAAUUUGAAAAGGCAUUUAAGUGCACACACUGGAGAAAAGUCUUACAAGUGUGAAAUUUGUUCUAAGCAAUUUAGUCGAGAUGAACAUUUAAAAAGGCAUUUAAGGGUACACACUGGGGAGAAGCCUUACACAUGUGAAAUUUGUUCUAAGCGAUUUAGUGAAGCAAGUAAAUUGAAAAUCCAUGCGAGAAUACAUACUGGAGAGAAGCCUUACAAGAAGUGUGAAAUUUGUUCUAAGCAAUUUAGUGAAGUGCGAAGUUUGAAAGCGCAUUUAAGCGUACACACUGGAGAAAAGCCUUGGUCACGUCAAAAUGAGAUUAAAACAAAAUCAGAAAGAUUGAUGGUAACACACACUGGAGAACAGCGUUACAAGUGUGAAAUUUGUUUUAAACAAUUUACUCAAGCAGGAAAUUUGAAAAAACAUUUGAGAAUACACACUGGAGAGAAGUCUUACAAGUGUGAAAUUUGUUCUAAGCAAUUUCUUGAAGCAGGAAAUUUGAAAAGGCAUUUGAAAAUACACACUGGAGAAAAGCCUUACAAGUGUGAAAUUUGUUCUAAGCGAUUUCGUGAAGCAAGUAAAUUGAAAAUCCAUGCGAGAAUACACACUGGAGAGAAGCCUUACAAGAAGUGUGAAAUUUGUUCUAAGCAAUUUAGUGAAGCAGGAGCUUUGAAGAUCCAUUUGAGAAUACACACUGGAGAGAAGCCUUACAAGUGUGAAAUUUGUUCUAAGCGAUUUAGUCAAGUGGGAAGUUUGAAAAUGCAUUUGAGAAUACACACUGGAGAGAAGCCUUACAAGUGUGAAAUUUGUUCUAAGCAGUUUAGUGAAGCAGGAGCUUCGAAAAUCCAUUUGAGAAUACACACUGGAAAGAAGCCUUACAAUUGUGAAAUUUGUUCUAAGCGAUUUAGUGAAGCAGGAGCUUUGAAAAUCCAUUUGAGAAUACACACUGGAGAGAAGCCUUAUAAGUGUAAAAUUUGUUCUAAGCGAUUUAGUCAAGUGGGAAGUUUGAAAAUGCAUUUAAGGGUGCACACUGGAGAAAACUCUCAUGUGGCGUACAAAACCGAAUUUAUAUAACCAGUUACAAAAUGUACCACGACAGGGGGUGUUACUUUGUAACGUAAAUAACUCAAUGAACAAUGUCGUUGGGAGUCGGUAUACGGGAUCUCCCAAACACCAAGUUUAUAUAAAGAUUUCACCACAUAUAGGUCAGACGUACACCCGUAAAGAAAAGUACUAUACGGUGACAGUCUUGGAAUGGCUCGCGGCUAGAUAAGACAGUGGAGAUGGUCGUGUGGUCGACAAAACAAAAAAAAUCUGAAGGUAUAUAAGUUGCGCCAGGUAAAUUGGUCCACAGCCUUCCCUAAGUUAGUAAUCAAUAAACCACCAACUUACCAAUAGGUUUACCACCAAAAUAUUAAGUGUAAUAUACACCAACCUGAAUUAAAUAAAAAAAAAUAAAUGAAAUUGUCUGAGAUCAGGAUUUAGUCAAUUUUAAUUAAUAGAUUCCCAAGAUGUUUAAAUGCAAUUACAUAUCACCGAUAUUAUUUGACUUUACCAUAGGCUUAAGAAAAAGAAUAUAAAAUGCUGCUUCUAUUUGCCUAACAAUAAUUCAUAAAGAUAAUAAAAAUUACCUGACGCUAAGGGGCCUGGUGUGUGAUUCAAUACCAAAAAAAAAUAAUUAACCUAAAUAUGACACCACUUGAGCUCAGGCGCGUGCGCAGAAAAUAAUAUAAAAAAAGUAAAUCUAGUUCAAAUCUUUAGCACCCCUUAGACGCAGUUUACAAAAUUAUAGUAUGUGUACAUAAGUAUUACACUAACAAAAUAAACCGCAAAUAUUCUUUAAGAACUAUGUAAAGUAUGUGUAAAUAUUAAAAUGACAAAAAAAACCGCAAAUAA